AUGGACUCGACCAGCUGCCAUGCAGCAUCGACCUCAAGUGAGUAUUGGCUCCUUUUCCAUCUCCUCGUGAGCUUUACGUUGGUCGCCAAUGUGCGCUGGAGCCGCGUUGUGGUCCACGCUCACGCCUGCAGGCGCAGAGAUCUGCCUGUUUGCUGCGCUCGGCAGCCCCAAGUGACACAGUGUCCCACGAACAUGACCACCCAAAGUAGUGACGAGAAGAAGCUGAACAUCGUGGAGAACAGCAGUGAAUGUCGUGCCAAGGACGAUGAGCUGCAGGUACCGACUCUGGUCGUAUCCCCCGAGACAACUUCUGCGGCGACUCGACUCGACAGUCUGCGGGUCGAGUACGCAACGUACCUACAGAUGCUCAAGGUCGGCCUUCCCAGAGCUAUUGUCGAGCACAAACUACGAGCUGAGAACAAGGACCCAAAGGUGCUGGACGAGCUGAUCCACUCGACGACGCCACGUGUGAAAAAGGUCCCCGCGCCCAUUCAGAUUCCACCGAUGGACGACCUCCUCGACACGAUCGGUCUCAAGCACAGGCAGAAAGUCGAGUCGUUCAGGCGAAUGCUUCAGGUCGGCGUGCCACGUCUCGUGGUCGAGAUGAAGGCACGGACAGAAGGCGUAGACGCCGCUGAUUUGGACACACCGUGUCGUGCUAAACCUGGUGUUGCAGUCGUCAAGUGCGUCGAAGACGAUCGGCUGCUCACACAUGCCGAGCUGGCCACGCGGUCUCGACGCUCCAGUGUUAGUUCCAUUGUGUCGACUGCACCGUCGACACCCGACGCAUUGGCCGCGCGAUCCGCUUCGAGUGCAGUGAGCAGCACUGGGCGGGAGUUAGCGCUGCUGGCUCUUCGCAAGCUGAACAACGGUACGCGCAAGAAACUGCACUGGUCGACGACUCCGUACACUGACUCAGCUGUCGGAGCUCAACGGCAGUGUUCACUCUGGAGCCAAAUCCACGAGAAAAAAACACCACGAGAUGGCGGCGUGUGCAUCUCAAGUGAAAGCCGGCGGUGGAUGGAAACGCUCUUUGUCAAAGGAGUAGUCGAAGCGAAAGCUGUUCGACGACAAAGCGCUGCUGCAGGGGGCCAGGAAGGCGCCAUGUUUGAGGAACUGCCCUUGGCACAGUACGUGGAGGAAGUGGAGAAACGCGAGCGAGCCAACUCGGACCCAACCGAUUCCAAUGGUGGUGACGAUGAGGUUCGAGACGACAUCGAGAGUGAACCCACGACGGACGAAGGCGUAUGUGAGUCAAACAAGAUCAGAGGUCCUCGUCGUGCCUUCCUGCGACGCAAGAUGUGCGUCGUGCUGCUGGAUCACAAAAAGUCUCAGAACAUUGCUAUUGUGCUUGCGCGAGUGAAGCGGACGUUUCCAGAGCUCGCGCACCAAAUCUUGACGUUAACUUGCGACGUAUUGUCGAGUCCAGCGUUGCAGUCACUGAUUGACAUGUGGCCUGACAGUACGGAGCAAGAGGCCAUUGACCGUUUUGAUGGUGACGUCUCUAGUCUAGCCACGGCGGAGCAGUUUUUGAUGGUCGCUCGCAGUGUUCCUAGGGCACAGCAGAAGCUGCGCUGUCUUCAGUACAAGAUGGACUUCACCUUGCGGGUCGAAGAGCUACGCGACAGCUUGAAGCUCUUGACACGCGGGAUUCAGCAGGUGUGCUCGAGCGACCAGUUUGCUGGCGUACUUGAAUACAUCUUCCACUUGGGCAACCUGCUAAACUUUGGCGAGGGGGUCGAGUACACCCGAUGGGUGAAAAGCAUUACCAUAAGCUCGCUCGCAAAACUGUCGUUUACAAAGGCUUACGAUGGACGGAUCUCCUUCCUGCAGUACGUGAUCCAGUCGAUUGAGCGCGACGAGCCGCACCUCGCCCUGUUUAGUCACCAGCUAUCUCUGAUCACGACGUGCAGCAAGCUGUCUGUCCAGAGCCUUGUCGCCGAGUACCAAUCACUCAAAGAAGGUCUUCGCCAGUUCGUACACGAGACGCAAACGAUGGCAGUGGUGCAAACCGACGACGACAAUGUGCGGACGGAGUUGACAGCCUCACGGAAGACUAUGCGGUUGUAUGCUGACGAAGCAGAGCACAUGCUCAACGGCGUGCGGGAGCUCAUUGACCAACUCGAGCGAGAGCGACUCAACUUUCUCCACUACUUCGAGGAAGAGGACACGUUGCCCGUUGACGAACUAUUGGGCUACAUCGCCAAUUUCACACAAGAGUACACACGGGAGCGCCAGCAACUCAUCCUUCGUGCUCGUGAGACGCAACAGGUCACACAUCUGCGUUCAGCGUCGGUGCACAAUCUCUCUCAAAUUCGCCAUAGUUUGUAG